CCAAGAGACACGAUGACGCCCGAGGACUCGGGGAGACUUUCAAUUUCUCCUCCCUCACUCACACCAAAAUUCGUCCUCACCAAUUCUAUUAAUAUUUUAAAUUAAUUAUAGGUUAUAAUAAUUAAUUAAAUAUGUCAAGGGUGUAUGAUAACUGGGGGAAGCUCGUUGCCAGCGUUCUUAACAGGGAGAAGCUCAGAGAAAUUGCAGUGUGUGACAGCUUAAGUAGCUCUUUUUCCACCGAUUACAGCUCGCGUUUCAGUUCUGCUUCUUUAUCGGAAGCAUCACGAUACCCAAAAUCGGAAGCUGAAAUUCUAUCAUCACCACACAUUAAAGCCUUUACAAUUUAUCUAUUGAGAAAGGCAACAAGAAACUUUAGAUCAGACCAUAUUCUUGGGGAAGGAUCAUUCGGUUCUGUUUUCAAAGGGUGGAUUGACGAGCAUACGCUAACGGCCACAAAGCCCGGAUCUGGUUUGGUCAUUGCUGUCAAAAAGUUGAAGCCUGAGAGCUAUCGCGGCCACAAAGAGUGGUUGACAGAAAUUAGUUAUUUGGGGCAGCUUCAUCACCCGAACCUUGUAAAACUCUUUGGCUACUGUUCAGAGGGAGACAACCGGCUGCUUGUGUAUGAGUUCAUGCGCAAAGGAAGCUUGGAUAAUCAUUUGCACAGAAGUGGGCCACCGCCCUUGAACUGGGCUACUCGAAUAAAGAUUGCCGUAGGCUGCGCCAGGGGCCUAUCUUUCUUGCAUGAGACCGAAGAACAAGUUAUACACAGAAACUUUACAGCUUCUAAUAUUCUUCUUGAUGGGGAAUUCAAUGCAAAAUUGUCCGGAUUUGGUUUGGCCAGAGCUGGCCCCACUGGCGGUGAGACACAUGUAUCAACCCGAGUUAUGGGCACUUCUGGAUAUGCUGCACCUGAAUACGUUGCCACAGGUCGAUUGACUGCAAAAUGCGACGUGUACAACUUCGGCGUGGUCCUGCUAGAGCUGAUUUCUGGACGGCGUGCAUUGGACAGGACAAAGGUCGGACUUGAAUCGAACCUGGUGGACGGGGCCAAGCGGUACAUUGGGGACAAGCGGAAGCUAUUGUGGAUAAUGGACAUAAAGCUCAAUGCUCAAUACCCUAAGAAGGCUGCCUUCACAGUCGCCAAUGUUGCCCUACAGUGCCUCAACCACGAUGCGAAGAUGAGGCCCUGCAUGGCCGAGGUCCUGGCCAUGCUUGAGGGCCUCUGACAAGAAACUCGUGAGGCACCAGCUCAUUGGAGGUCGUCCAUUGGGUGGUGAGGGUUGAAAAUGUAACAUUUUCUUUCUUUCUUUACUAGUUCGUGGCUCGUGCGAUGCACGAAGAACAAUAUUACGAUUGUAUUAUCUAUCUAUCUAUCUAUCUAUACUACUCUAAAAGGACGA